AUGAUGGCAACCACUGUACUCGGAGGUACUCGCGCUCAUGCUGGUUACGCUGCCGACACCUAUUCCGACUUACAGCUGGGCAGGUUUUCGAAGAAUCACAUCCCGAUCACAGCAGCGGUAGAGCUGACCGAGGUCGCCAAACAGAUCUUCCUAGCCAACAGCGUCAUCUACAACUGGAGCAUCAUGACCUCGAAGCUAUCCAUCCUAUUCUUCUAUCAUCGAAUCCUCGCGACCGACACCGUACUGAAGCGGUUCCUGCAGUGUGCCGGUGGAGCGAUAAUAGCCAACUGCAUUGCAGUCACCUUUGCCCUGAUCUUCUCAAACAACCCCAUCCAAGGCCAGUGGGAACAGACCACCCAUUCGACGGCGAUAAACAGCAGGAUAUUUUGGAUCUCCACCGCCGCUCUUAACCUCGUGUUUGACAUUGUCGUUCUGGCGGCCCCGCAGGCCAAGAUUUGGAGGAAGCAUAUGCCCAGCCAGCGGAAGACGGCAAUUUGUCUCCUCUUCCUCCUUGGUUUCUGUGUUUGUGUAUUCACCAUCGUGCGCCUGGUAUAUGUCGCCCGUGCCAACCUAAAUAACAUGACUUUCGAAAUCAACAUGCUUGGAAUCUGGACCUGUCUCGAAGCAAAUUUGUCCAUUCUCUGCGCCUGCUUACCAGCGGUCUAUUCCCUGUUCAGGGGCACGAGAAAUAGCGGUCCUUCUGAACCAACCAUGUACCGUCACGAUUCCGUGCCGUCCUCUGACAAGCUGUAUCUCGAACUCGGCUCCGGCGCACACCUCUCGUACCCGGGGAGCUACCACGUCAGAGUGCAGUCACCUAGUGUGGGCAGCAGAGACGACCUGACCCCCCUGGGGCCGAUCCGGGUGGAGAGGAGUUAUGGCUUCAGCGUGAGAGAUUUACAACCGUGA